UGAUUUCUUCUGUUUCUGGUUUUGCAUUAUUUUUGUCUUUAUCAGUUUAUGGCGGCGUUUUCGCCUUCUGGUAGUGGGAUGGAUUCGACUGAAGGGGAUUCUGUAAUGGAAGGUUUUCUAUGUCCAAUGUGUUUACAGGAUCUUCAGUCUUUUCAUAAUCUACAGUCUCAUUUUGAAUCAGAACACUCUAAUGAAGAUAAGGCUGUUAUGAGCCAAAUCAGAGGCCUGUUUUCCAAAGCUAAAGAUAAAUUAUUGGGAAGAGAAUAUGAAGAGGAUGAUGAUCGAAAUCCAUUUUCAAAUUUUCAAUCUUCAUCAUCAAACAGGAGUUUAUCGUUUGUAGAUCCAGCUUUUUGGGAACCUCAAGAAUUAGGUGUUACUAAAAGUCAUAUUGAUAAAUUUAAAUCUAUGAGGGAUGCAAGAAUUGACAGAGUCGUCAUUGAAACGAAUAAAAUAGUUAUUCGACUGGAAAAGCUUUUGAAACCAGUCAGGUUUAAUGGAAAACGUAAUCACAAAGCAUUUGAACAAAGUUUGGUGCCCUGGGUUCAAGACGAAGAUGUUCCAUUUUGUCCUACCUGUGGAGAUAAAUUUAAUGUUGCAAGAAGAAAACAUCACUGCAGACUCUGUGGUGCCAUAAUGUGUACAAAAUGUUCUAUCUUUCUACCAUUUCUUGUUGCUGAGGAAUUGAUAAAGCAAAUUAACAACACAAAUAUACAAUCUCCAACUCGUGCUUAUCGUAAUAAUCUUCAACAAUCUGUAAACAAUAUACCCGAUGAGGAAAUUGAAAAAAUAUUCGUUCGAAUUUGUUACGAAUGUGACAAAGUUCUUCAACGUAAUAAAGAAAGACUUGAUCGAAGAUUUAAUCCAUCACUAUUGGUCACAUUGCACAAAAAAAUGCAGACAGCUAUGGAGUCUGCAGUGAAUUCAUCUCCAGAGUUUCAAAAGAUGGCUGAAUCAUUAAACAAUGGUGAAGAAGAAUAUAAAUUAGAUGCAGCAACUGAAAAAAGACUUCGAUUAAUGCAAAUGUUUGAAGCAGUAGAUGUUAUAAGUAAAAAAAUUGCAGCACUUGAUACACAAGAUGAGGAUGAUCCUCCAACACAGGGUGAACUCAAAUUGCAAACAUCUAUUCGGCGUGCAGCAUGUGGCUUUUUGCAAGAAUACAUGCUUAUUUUACCUUCACUUCCUUCACAACCGAAAUUAACUGUAUUGCAAGCUCAGCGAAGAGCGGAAAAUGAGAGAAGAUUACGACAACAAAGAAUAGAAGCACAACGAUUACGGGAUGAAGAAAAAAGAAAGCAAGAGGUUGAAAGAUUACAAAAAGAGAGGGAUGAAUUAGAACGGGCAAGAAAAGAAGAGCAAAUGCAGCAAAUGAAUGACACUGUGGCUUAUUCUACUUUCUCAAACAGUAAUAACAGACCGAAUGUAUUGAUUGUUAAAGAUUCUGGUUGGAGUGCUGACGCCAUUUCAAUUGCAUCAAACUCUUCAAAACACAGCAAAUUACUAAAUUACACAAGUGAUGACGAAGAAGAUUUGGGAAGAAAUGGUUCUGCUGCUGAAUCUAAUGCUGAUGAUCCAUUGAAUCCAUUGUUAGAACAAAUAGAAUAUGUAAAAGAAUCUGCAAAACAGGCACGUGCUGCUGGCAUGGAAGCUGAGGCCGAAAGUUUGGAAAGAAAUAUGGAGGAAUUGAAAACUGAAUACAGAAGACAACAAACUGCAAGAGCAUUCGCAGUGGUUACACCUUCUACACCUCCAGAAGGAAACCCGUUUGAAGUAGCAAGCAUGUCGUCGCAAAACAGUUUUAAUUUAUCAUCAAGACGAAACGACACUGGUGAAGACCCAUUAUUACAACAAAUUCAAUAUAUUACACAAUGUGUGGAUGAAGCGACUUUUGCUGAACGUUACGACGAAGCCCGUAUUUUAAGUGAAAACCUGCAGGAACUCAAAGAUAUAUAUAAUCGUUCUAAAUCUUGAUAAGUAAUUAGAAUUGGUGCACUCAUAUACAGAGUGACUUCAAAAAUGGAAUCUAUAACUUUCUCAUAUAUUUCUAUGGAAAUUUAUUUAACGCUUGAACUUCAGUUUGUGUAUGAUUGUAUGCGAAAGUCCAGUAAUAUAGGAUACUUUGCACAAAAGUUAUGUUCUCUCUAGAUUCUAGAAUAUGUAACAAUGUAUGUGUACCGAUGUGGGGGUAACUAAUUUUGUUCGCCUACUUUACAUCAAGUUGUGUAAAGGGUCUGGGGUAUAUUCACUUGGCUAACACAAACAGUCCCGGAACUCGUAAUAGAACUAAAAUAAAUCUUGAUAAAAUUAUGACCUAAUCCUAACAUGCAUACGGGAGUACCCAUGUUUCAAAUGACCUGAUGCUUUUACCUAUUUAGAUAUGUCAUUUGAAUUAAUUGAACUACAUAAUUCAUACUAAUUUGAAAUUUGUUUUGUAAUUUAUUAUAGACGUGUUUACAAUCCAUUGAAAAUGCAUGCAUGUUUUCUUGAUUGUAGAGUUCUUAUUUAUUGAAAUGUGUGUACUUUGGCAUGACGAGUAAUUUUUUUGUUUUUCAGCAGUGUUAUAAAAUAAAUAUUUAUAUAUUAUGGUGUUUCGUGAUUGUUUCUUAUAAAUUAUUAUUCAUACAAAAUUGUUUAUUUCAUAAUAUUCUAUAUUAUUGAGACGAUUAGCCAGUAUUGUUAGAUCUACUGCUAAUAAGUUUCUAAUUAAUAAUAGUCCUUCUUACCUGAAAAAAGGUGUAACAUGGUCUAAAUGUGAUCCAUUAAUUCAAAGUUUUCUGUUUAUUACAGUUUUGUUUUAUUGUUGUAGCAAAAUUCUUUAUUUCACAAUCAUCACUGUUGCAUAUUUUUAUUUGAUUUUCGAAAGACAUUGGAGGUAUUGCAAUAAACAUUCAUCAAUUUUAUCAA